AUGACAUCGGUGGUUGUUUACACGCGUGCCCCCCGCAGCACGAGUCCGCACCCGUGCACGGCCCCCAACGACGACAACAGGGAGACCUCCGGGAGCAGCACGCUGCCGCCGCCGUCGACCGGCGCCGCCGCCCCCCGCGGGUCCGGCUUUGGGCAGAACGGCGACCGCGGGGGCGGCGCGAAGGUGGAGGAGGGACGUGCGGUGCGCCUCGCGGCCGCCAGUAGAAGCGCACCGGCGGCGGGGGCCUGGAGCCGCGGCAGCUCAAAGAACCGGAGCGAGGAGAGCGUCAACCGCCCGCCCGCGCGGCUGGACGCCAGCUACGAGGAGAUCUACACGGAGGAGGAUCAGUACGCCCGUCCCGUGUCCAACGGCGGCAGCCGCCGGCGCUGGAAUAGCUACGACGAGGACGUGUUCUACGACGAAGAGUACAUCUCCGAGGAGGACGAGGAGGACGAGGAGGACGAGGACGAGGAUGUUCCGCGGAUUGCCAUCAUUGGCGGGCCCAACAACAAACGGUUUGUCCGCGACAUCCUCUACGGCACGGCCAGGGCUAGUGAGCCGUCGCUGGCGCCACCGAACGGGCGUCACAGAGAAGAGCAACAUUCGCGCGAUUCUGCAGACGCGUGGAGCCGCAACUUUUCAUUCCCGGACGCUGAGCAUGACGCACUGGGGUCGCGACGGGCCGACGGCUCAGAGCGGCGGGGGGGCAGCUUAUUGAAAAAGACGGUACGGACACGGCAGGAGGGGCAUCCUCGGCACGUGCAGCCAAACUCUCCCUCCUCGUCCGAGGAGUUGCCGGAUGGUCCUGCGAAGGUGUUGCGGCUUUCCCCGCUGCGCCAGAGGUCCCCGCUCGCGCACGAGACCGCGCAGGCGCGUGCCGUCGUGGCGGCGCGCAACUCUCACGCGGCGGAGCCGUUUGCAACGCGGACGGACUGGACUCCGGCACGCGGAGAAUUCGACUCCGACGAGGCGGGCGGCGGCGCCCUCGUGCCGCCGCAGCAGCCCCCCUGCCGCUCUGAGCCGGCGGCGGCGCGGAGCGGCGGGGACGCCGAAGUGGCCUCCGUCCUCUUCCCCGAGGAGAAGCCCCAGCAGGAUGAGGAAGCACGCGCGCCGCUGGCGCUGAAGAAAAAGCUCAGGCGCCGCAGGGAGGAAGCGGAGGGGCGGGCGGCGGAGGACGACGGCAAGCUGCGGCGUUCCCCGUCGCCCUCCUCCGGCUCCGAAGCGAAGGCGAAGAAAAAGAAGCGGAGGCUGCGCAGGGCAAGAAGCGGCAGCAGCGGUCACAACCACAACAACGACGAUGACGACAAACCGCGAGGCAUAAGCAAGAGGAAAGUCAAGAAGGAACACGGCAGUGGCGAGAAGGCGGCGCCGGUGGAGGGCGAAACUGAUGCCGCGCAACCGGCAACGCAGGCUGUGCCUGUAUUUACGGCGGAGCAGGUCGUGCCAGCGAAGCCCAAUAAACCAAAGGUGUACUGCAACACCUUGUUCAGCAGGAGACGGCAGAGUAAGCAGCAGAAGGAACGGGAGGCGGCGCGCGCUGCAGCGAAGCAGGCGGCGGCGGUGGCGGUGAAGCCGACAACUGAAGCGAAGAAGGGAGACGAUGAGGCAAAGCCCCCCGCGAUAGAGAAGCGGCAGCAUGCGACGCAGACACCGACGCCCCCGCCGCGUCGGCACAGACACCACAAAAGAAGGCUUUCGUCAUCGUCUGACACGUCAGACGAGGCCAGUGCGCCGCGUGGUCGUACUGCAGCCGCAGCGGCCGUGCCGCGCUCUCGCUCGCUUGAGCACCAUCGUCGCGGCGAGAAGAGUAAGUCCCCUGUGCGGCGUGGGAGGGCUGAGAAGCGCGUGGAUAACUGGAACGACGUAGACUAG